AUGCGCUUUAAUCUACAGAAUACUCUGGGUUUUGGAUCGCUCUGUGCAUCGGCCUUUUGGUGGUUUGGUGGCAACGACCGAAGUCUUACCCAUCACCCUGUCUUGCCUCCCUCGUACCCGCUCGCAGUUCGCAAUCCCUAUUUAUCGACAUGGAUGCCGAGCGAUCGUAUCGAACGACUACCAUAUUCUGAUUCACAAUUCUGGGCAGGCCAGGAACUUGGGUGGUCGGUUAUUGUACGUGUCAAUGGUCAGGCAUUUAGUUUGAUGGGUGUUCCCGAUUUAGAGACCAGCGGGAUUCUUCCUGCAACAGUGCACCGUGCGGAGUUCACGGCGACCCAUUCCCUCUUCGAUCUCACAGCUGGACCUGUAUCUUUGACGCUGGAUUUCUUUUCGCCCGUUUCUCCCUCUAACUAUUUGCGCCAGUCGCUUCCUUUCAGCUAUUUGACUGUCCAGGUGACAAGAUCAUAUGGAGAUGAUAUUCAAAUUUACUCGGAUAUUGAUGGAAGAUGGGCAGGCCGAGAGCAUAGUGCUGUGCAAGUCUUUGAACAACAUGAUGAUCUCGCCUUACAUUUUCUUUCGGUGGAAGAAGCAGCUCGCUACGCAGAAGGGAAUGAUAUGGCACUUUGGGGACAGGUAAUUCUGGCUUCUCGACCAGAGAAUGUUAGCUCUCUUUCAGCCCUUGCGGGAGAUCGACAAACUGUUCGAAAAUAUUUUGCGGAAGGGGGCGACCUGUCAAGCGAAGAGUCGACCUGGUUUUCUGGGGGUGUCAUUGCUCUGGCACACGAUCUAGGAACGGUUGUCGGUGGCGCAUCAGUCAACUUUGCCGUGGGAUAUGAAAGAAAAGAAGCCAUCAACUAUCUAGGAGAGGCUUACACCGGCUACUAUCGCGCAGAGUAUCCGACUACACACGAAGCGGUCUCAUUCUUUUUGGACGACUAUGAGGAUGCUUUCUGGGAGUCCUUAGACUUCGAUCGAGAGUUGAAGACAUUUGGAACUGCUUCAGCCGGUUCUAAAUAUGCAGAUAUCCUUGCUUUAUCAACUCGUCAGGCGUACGGAGGAAUUGAUCUGACAAUCCCUAAUGAAUCUCUCGAUACGGAUGAAGUAUUAGCCUUCAUCAAGGAACUUUCCAGUGAUGGUAAUGUCAACACCAUUGACAUUAUAAUGCCAGCGUUCCCUAUAUACUGGGUUCUAGAUCCUGAUUGGAUUCGCUUGUUGCUCGAACCAGUGAUGAAGUACCUCGAUGCCGGUCGCUGGCACCUCCCAUACACCAUCCAUGACCUGGGCUCUUCUUACCCAAAUGCCAUUGGCCAUGAUGAUCAAAAGGCUGAGCCUAUGCCCAUCGAGGAAUGUGGAAAUCUCCUGAUCCUGGCUCUUGCCUAUGCACAAGCCACCGGGGACACAAACUGGACUGACCAGUACUUGUAUAUCUUCCAGAAAUAUGCGGACUACCUUGUGGACAACAGCAUCAAUAUUGCGAAUCAACUUUCUUCCAAUGAUGCUGCCGGCCCUCUACCAAACGAGACCAACCUGGCUAUCAAGGCAGCUGUUGGAAUCAAAGCCUUCGGCAAGUUGAGCGGCAUCGAUUAUUACUCUCGCGUCGGCGAUGAGCAUGCCGAUCUGUUCUUCACCCAGGGUCUAGGCACUGAUAAGGAUCAGACCCACUUUGUACUCGAAUACCCCGAUUUCCCAGACUCAUGGAAGACUCCGUACAACAUCUACCCCGAUCUCCUGCUGGGGCUGGACACAUUCCCUCAAGAGGCAUAUAAAAUGAGUAACGACUUCUUCUCGAGCUCUGUUCGAGGAGAAUAUGGCGUUCCACUUGACAACCGGCAAGACUGGGCCAAGUCAGAUUGGAACAUGUGGUUAGCUGGUACAUUUGAUCAAGCGACCAGAGAUGAAUUUGUUGAUGAUCUAUGGGCAUUCAUGACCAAUGGGAAGCAUAACUGGCCAUUCUCUGAUCGUUAUGUUGCUACAUCUUCUCGUGGUAGAGAGCCCGGCAAGCCAGUUCUGUGUCGAGCGCGGCCAACUGUUGGUGGUCAUUUUGCCAUUUUAGCCUUGAAUGGUCCUGCUUCUAUCACCUCAUUGUCUACUACACACAAGCCAGGCCGGAGACCGAGCAAGAUGCACAUGGUCAAAGAUCAUAGCAGUGAGCUGUGA